CCUCCAAAACCCCAAUCUUGUCGCCUUUUGUGCGCCUCCCCGAAUUCCAUCUCCUCGCCAAAACCCUCCAUUUCCGCAUCUCCCCUCCAUCCCCGCCGCCUCCCUUGCCCUUUCCCUCGCCGGCGGGGCUCCCUUGUCCUCCCGCUCGGUCGGUGUGUUGUAUGAGCCUCGGGCGGCGGCGGCGGCGGUGAUUCUUGGAGGGGGAGGAUGCAGGCCGCCACCGGGAGCGUCUCUUGGGUCGCCGCGCAGCCGUCCGUCCUCGGGCGGUGCGGCGGCGGCGCGCCGUCCGCUCCGGCUCGUGGGACGGGCUGCGGCGGGGCAGGAGGAGGAGGCAGGGUCCGGGCGGUCGGCGUGGCGCGGUGCUGCGCACGCGCGCAGGAGAAGAGGCCGCCGCGGGUGCGGAAGACCAAGGAAGAGAGGAGGGAGUUGGUCGAGUCCUUCAUCAACAACUACCGAGUUUCAAAUGGUGGAAAAUUCCCGUCAGUUAACCUUACACAUAAGGAAGUUGGAGGGUCAUAUUAUAUAGUUCGUGAGAUUGUGAGAGAUAUCAUCCAAGAAAACAGAGUUCUUGGUCCUGGUGGCUUGAAUGCCACGGCGCUGAGUUUUGAAGAUUGCCCUGAUUCUUCGGAGUUAUCCAUGAAGCAUGAAUUGGACCAAGACAAUAUAGAGAUCUUAGAUACAUCUAAUGAUAAUAAAACUGGCAAGGAUUCUGCGUCAGAAACAUCAAACAGUGGGGAAUUAAUUUCGUUGCAAAAGAAUGCCAUCAGCACUCAGACACUGCUGGGGUCAUCUAAUAUCUCAGAGGCUGGUGUUUUGAGUGGUGCUGCCCGAAAUGGAAAUGCAGCAGGUACAGCAUGUUUGCAGACAGGCCUCGAGAAACAAUAUGAAGUUUCAUGCGAGACAUCAAGAGAGAUUGACCUGAACAGUUCUGAAGAGCAAGCUCCUUCAUUUGCUCAUGUUUCUGAUUCCGAUAAAGACAUUGUGCUAGACAGUCUGGGGGAUGCUCAUGAGGGGACAGCCGGUAGUGUUACUGAUGGAGUUAUUCUUUUCCCAGAACCUAGUGCUGCUUGUGAAACAAAUGGUGCACUUCUACGAGAGCACGAGGCAUCACCUAAUGAUAGUCAUGAUGCCACAACUGAUAGUGCUGUUAGUGAAGAAAAUCUCCUUGCGGAAACCAAUGGUGUUCUUCAAACAAGUGUACCCAGUGACGAUGCUCAGAUCAUAUACGGCCAGUUCAGUUCUACACUAUCUGCUAAUCCAAUGGAUGGUUUUAACUUGAGUACAAACAGUCCAGAGACUGAAGACACAACCAAGACUGUUGAACUGUCUAAAGUACACAGGUUGCAAGAUGAGUUUGAGCAAUCUUCGCUUGAUGCCAGCCCUGAUGAACAAGAAAACUCUGAACGUCUUGUCUCUCAUCCAGCAUUUGAUACAGAGGGAUUGUUGCAAAUGGAAGACAAGCACAGUGUGUUACAGGUAGAUGAAAGUGAAUUCAAGAAAUCAAUGUUUGGGAUCACAAAAGAGGUAGAGACAAAUGAUGCCAGUCAUGACCAAGAAACUAGCACCACAACCGCGAUCAGCAGGCAUGCACUUUGCCUUCUAACUUUGCGUUGCAUGCCUACUGCUUAUAAUUUCCUUCAUACAUCGCAAAAGGCCACAGUAUAUUAGGAGAACUUUGAAGGCGCAGCAGAGGAAAGAGGACAACCUAUUUUGGCUUGUCCUUAGGGCGUUCGUUAUUGCUGUAUCCAAACUCUGGACAAAAUGAGUGACGUGGAAGAUGCACCUUCAUGCGGAUGUGUUGCUUGAGACGCCUGUGACUUACUGGAAAACAAGAAGCGUACGGUGAAGCUCCAUUUUUACUGAAUGCAUAUAGUUGUCGUUAUUGUGCUGCACCUUAGGUUGUUCGUUAUAGACUUAGCUGGUGUAGUUUGAUAGUUUGUAGUAGCUUUCAACUGUAGAUCUUUUGGUCAACUCGUGUGAACUCUAAAAUGUACCAGCAGUUAUAGCGCUUUUAGUUAAAGGGUUGAGAUCUGUGUUCCUUCUCUGAAACUGGUGGUGCUACUACAGUCGCCAACUGAAUUCCCAUUCUAGUGAAAAUUUAGUGGGAUUUGCCUUCA